ACCAAGGUAACCCACUUCUUUAUCUGCUCAAAAAAGCAAAUUUCAAUGACGAUUAGUUUCCACAUCCCGAAUAACUCCUACAAUUCUGGGCAAUUUUAAGCAUUGCUCAAGGCAACAAUAGCUUUGAAAAGAUAAUUAUAGACAAUUGGUGGAAUUAGUACUUGUUUUCAUUUUGGGGAUUCAAUUUGAUCAAUAAGGGAGUGAUAAAAAUGCUUACUUUGAGAAGGGAUGAAGGCAGAAUGAGAUAAAAGCAGGCUUUCCAUCUUCUACCUUUCUCUUUGCAACUGCAAAAAAUGGAAGUGAGAGUAAAAAUGAUAUGUCUAGGCUUUGAAAUUCAAUAGAAUGGAGUGAGAGGCUAUGCUUGUUUUUGCUUCCCCUGUCCUUUGGGAGGAAGAAUCCACUUGACUCUUAUGUCCUCUGUUAUUUUUCUUUACUUUGGUGCCAAAAAACGACAAUUAUGUUAGAAAUGUAAUAAAAAUAAAAAUAAAAUCCCAACUGAGGAUCAGUUUUUAGUUUUCACCACUACUAUUUGAGCAAAAUUGUGGUUUUUAAAAACUGAAGCAGAUGAAGAAAAAACCAAACACAAUGAAGGGUCAUUUGGUCAUUGCCAAUUGGGAUGAAAGUAGAAAGUGUCUUGUGGAGAACCUUAUCUACUUCACCGAUAAUUCCACAGCUGAAAAACGUUCGUUACCACCAACUCUUUAACAAACUUCAAUAAAUACUGGUUCUUGCUUUCUGCUCUGUGAACUCUUCACUCCAGUUCUUCAACUUAGAACAAGUGGAAAAACAAAAAAGAAGAAAGAAGUGCCCUUUAAAUCAUUUAUCAAUACAAUGUCGAGUUCCAUAUGUUUCACACCUCUCAGUUCCUUCAAACCCAUUAAUAAGCCAGGCGUUGUUGGCGACUGUAAUGUUCGAAAGGUUCAGUGGUUAAGGGAUGUCAGCAUUUCCAAAGAUGCUAAGUUCCGGUCUCUGGAAGUCAAGGCAACAGAGAGCAACCAAACAACUAAAGUAAAUAGCAUUCUGUGUCGUCAAUGUGAGGGAAAUGGUACUAUAAAGUGUAAGCAAUGCCUAGGUACAGGAGUUAACUCACAGGAUCACUUCAAUGGUCGGUUCAAAGCUGGUGGCUUGUGUUGGCUUUGCAGAGGUAAAAGAGAUAUAUUGUGCGGAGAAUGCAAUGGGGCUGGCUUUCUUGGAGGAAUCAUGAGCUCUGCCGAGGACUAGGGUCGCCAUGCUGAUGCAUGCCGAAGGGGGAAAAAGAGAGUAGUUCAAAGAAUGUAUCGAUUCGGUCCAAACAAUGUUCUGAAUCCGUUAGUCUUCUUGUUUUGCCAUUUUGUUUAAGUUUUGUCAAUCUUUAUAUCACAGUAUGUGCAUCGAGGACA